AUGGUUUGGAACCCUCAUUGUACAAUUUCUGCGUCCACCAGUCCAACUAAUGAAAUUAUCCUAUUUCAGGUUCUAGAAUACUUGAAGGGAAGUGUCAUAGUAGAGAGGCUGACAAAGAAUUCUAGUGGCAAAACAGCACUCGAUAUCUUGAACGAAAGCCUUCGAAACGCUAGCACGUAUCCAAGAAUGAAAACAAUCCUGAAAAGAUUUUCUAGUCGGCCAAUAGCCCUAGACUUGCCCAUCUUCGCAGAGAUGACGAUGGUGGCGGCCGUCCUGAUAGCGACCAUGGCCUUCCAGGCGGCUGUCAGCCCCCCUGGCGGCGUAUGGCAAGACGACAAGAAAGACGAAGCAACCGACCGAACAAUAUACAGAGCCGGCCAAGCAGUGAUGGCAUAUAAAGAUCCCGGUAGAUACAAACAGUUUAUUCAGUCUAACAUUGUGUCAUUCAUUUCGUCUCUCGUGGCAAUCUUGUUCCUCGCCACCACCGGCUCGUCGGACCAGUGGCUGUUCGCGCUGCUCGCCCUCAUUUCGAUGCUGGUGUCGAUGGCGUCUAUCGGAGUGACUUAUGGAUUUUCGUUGAUCAUGACCAACCCUAACAUGGCAAACUUUGGAUGGAGAUACUCUGUUGCCAUAUCAGUCGGUGUGUUCGCUGGAGUCAUGUGUUUUAUCAUUGUUGUUAGCUCUUGCAGAAGUGGGACCGGAAGAGUCAAACGAUUUGUUAAGAAGGCUGCGGGGCCCAACUGCAACUUUGUGUAG